UCCGGCUAAAAUGUUAGAGCAGACUCUGUAAUCCCUAAACUCGCCUAGAGCAUUUACAGCAGUUCCAAUCGAAGUAUACUCUAGCUCAACAAAAAUGGUGGAAGUGCUCGAACGAAGGAGAAUAACUCUAUAGGAGAGAAGAACGAAGGAGGAGAGAGAAAGUAAAAGAGGGUACAGUUGUCAUUUCCUUUGACGGAAAAAAGCGUUGAAGUUAGCGUUGAAGAUAUUUUUGAAUUUUCUAUCCGCCAUGUGCGAACUGCGAAGCCGAUGAAUUUUAAACUGUAGCAUAUUUUACGAAUUUUCCUUUUUAAGGAAACGUCGAAAAAGUCAAAAUGCGUCGGUCAAUUGCUCUAUGCACAAUCUUCUUCAUCUUCAACCCAGAAUCGCAGGAGAGAGAAAAUCAAUCCCGCCAUUGACCAUUGUUGUUGCUUCAAUGUUUCUCGAACUUUCUUGAACGCCUCAUCACUUUUUGAUCGAUUUUCCCUAUACUUAGCUUUGGGAAUCGUGCUAAAAAAAUCCAGAUGGGAGAUGAUACCCAAAAAUACACGGUUGAUGAUGCCCUCAUUGCCAUGGGCUCUGGAAAGUUCCAAAUAUUUCUCCUUGCUUAUGCUGGAAUGGGGUGGAUUGCAGAAGCAAUGGAGAUGAUGCUUCUCUCCUUUAUUGGACCAGCUGUUCAGGCAGAGUGGGGCCUUUCACCUAACAAAGAAAGUAUGAUAACUAGUGUGGUUUUUGCUGGAAUGCUGAUUGGUUCAUAUUCAUGGGGCAUUGUUUCAGAUAAGUUUGGGCGGAGGAAGGGAUUCUUCAUAACUGCAAUUUUUACUUCAACAGCUGGAUUUUGCAGUGCUCUUGCUCCAAACUAUGCAGUAUUGCUUUUCUUUCGUUUCUUUGUUGGUCUUGGUUUGGGAGGAGGGCCUGUUUUGUCAUCCUGGCUUCUGGAAUUCAUUCCUGCUCCCAGAAGAGGUACCUGGAUGUCUCUUUUUUCAGCCUUUUGGACUGUUGGGACUUUGUUGGAGGCUUCAUUAGCUUGGAUUGUAAUGCCGACAUUGGGUUGGAGGUGGUUACUAGCAUUUUCUGCAGUCCCUUCUGCGGUUCUUCUCAUAUUUUACAGAACUGCACCUGAGUCACCAAGAUAUUUGUGUAGGAGAGGUAGGACAGAUGAGGCAGUAGAAAUUUUGGAGAGAAUGGCAAAAUUGAACCAAGCAGAACUCCCACCUGGUAUUCUUGUUUCUGAUCCCGAAGUUGCAAAAAUUACCGAUCUUCCUUCAGAAGAUGCACGUUUGCUAUCACCAAACAAAGAUGAAAAUGGAACUCUUGAUAGCUUGGACUCUAAUUUACAAAAAGGAACUUCAGUCUUCACACUUCUUUCACCACAACUACUGAGGUCAACCCUGCUCUUAUGGGUAGUGUUCAUUGGAAAUGCAUUUGCGUAUUAUGGCCUUGUGUUGUUGACGACUGAACUGAGCAACAAGAAUAAUACAUGUACUCCAACUCAUACACAGUCAGUGUCUGCAAAAUCUGCAGAUGUAAACUACAAAAAUGUUUUCAUUACCAGUUUUGCAGAGUUUCCAGGGCUACUUCUGUCAGCAGCAAUGGUGGAUAGAGUUGGUCGCAAGGUUUCUAUGGCAUCUAUGUUCUUCCUUUGUUGCCUUUUCCUACUACCAUUGGCCUUCUAUCAGUCUGGGGGUUUAGUAACUCCUCUUCUAUUUGGUGCUCGCAUAUGCAUCACAUCGACAUUCAAUAUUGUGUAUAUAUAUGCCCCAGAGGUAUACCCAACCUCAGUUCGAACAACUGGUGUAGGAGUAGCCAGCUCAAUGGGAAGAAUCGGUGGAAUGACCUGCCCCCUUGUGGCAGUGAGUCUAAUUCAUGGCUGUCACCGAACUGCAGCCAUUCUUCUGUUUGUGGCCAUUAUCUUUGUUUCUGGUGUAUCUGUCAUGUUGUUCCCGUUGGAAACAUCUGGCCGUGAUUUAAGUGACGAAGUAUCUGACUUGAAUCGGGAGGUUGAAUUAUCCUGAAUUCCACCUGUAAUUUACAAAGUAUUAUUUGUGGAUACAAGUUGACAUAUCAUGACCCUCACAGAGUCACAGAUAUAGAAAAUUCAUUCCAAAGGAUCCAUAACUAUAGGCUACAGAAAAUAGCAGUUAGUUUUCAUUUUAGCUUUGGAGGUUAGCAUUGAGAUAGUUAAGGCCAAGGAGUUCUUGCAUUUCUGUUGUAAUCUUGUAACUGAUCAAUUGACUAGGAGAUGUACCAUAAAGUUUUGUCAUAGAACAAAUUCAUUUAACCUGUAAAUUUUUUCGUAAUUUGGCUGAGAUACCUAAUCUUAAUUUCUGAA